AGGAGAGGACAGCUGCCUGUGGAUUCCCCCUCAUCUGGUAAAACAAGGUCAGAGUCACUUUUCAAUGCUGUCUCACACACUUCUGGCUGUUUCUCUCAGUUAUGGCAGAUAAAAAGGGCCUCGGCAGACUGACAGUGAGGAAGAAAGUGGAGAGCAAGGCAGACAAGGAGAAGGAGAAGGAGAAAGAAAAAGGAAAGGCGCCAGAGAAGAAGGAAGAGAAAACCAAGACACCGGGAAAACCGGGAAAACCAGGAAAACCUGAGAAGCCUCCGGAGAAGCCCAAGACAGAGGAGAAGCCCAAGACAGAGGAGGAGAAGCUAACAGAAAAUGGGGAGGAAGGGGCCAAGAAACAGGAAGGGGCAGAAGCCAUGGAGGAAGAUGGAGAGUUAAAGCUGGAGCCUAUUGAGCUUCCACCAUGGGAGAUCAUUGUUGGAGAACGGAUGAGCCCCUACUACUUCAAGUUCCAGUUCAGGAAUGUUGAGUACUCGUCCGGCCGGAAUAAAACGUUCCUGUGUUACCUGGUGGACGUCCAGGGCAAGUCAGACUCCCCCGAGGGCAUGCGGGGCUACCUGGAGGAUGAGCAUGGGGGCCUCCACGCCGAGGAGGCCUUCUUCCAGCAGGUGCUGCCCCAGUACGAUGCCUCUCAGCGCUACGUGGUCACGUUGUACACGUCGUCCAGCCCCUGCCCCGCCUGUGCCGCCAAGAUGGUGGAGAUCCUCCGCGCCCGCGAAACCCUCCGCCUCACCCUCUUCUGCUCCCGCCUCUUCCUGUGGGAGGAGCCGGAGGUGCAGGAGGGGCUGAAGGCGCUGGCCGGAGCUGGGUGCAAGCUGCGCAUGAUGAGGCCACUGGACUUCACCUACACCUGGGACACAUUUGUGGAGAACGAGGAGCAGACCUUUGCUCCCUGGGAGGACUGUCAGGAAAACUAUGAGUACUACGACGAGAGGCUGGCCAAUAUCUUGCAGUAACUGGCCUUGGUUUUCUUUAAGCAUCUGAUCUGCAAGUUAUCUUUUAAGUCUCCUACCUGUGUUUCAUGCCAGGAAUUCACUUUCUUCAACCUACCCUAUCCCAUGAUGAAUCCCAAGUGAUGAACAGAAGCAGCAAAUUAGUAUUUAUAUUGAAUUCUGGAACUGUCCAGAUGUUUAGUUCCUAUUAUUGGGUCACAAUCCCAGCAGUCACUGAAAACCCCAAAUACCUUAGUGAUGUCAUAGUUACACUAGUCACAGUAAUAGAACUUACCAUAAAUACAUGAGAUCUUAAAAAUUCUAGUGGCACUUAGAUAUAUUUACACAAUGUCUGAAGAAAGUAAAAAAAAAAGGAAAAUAUAUUUCUUAUAUAAAAAUGAGCAAACUAAAAAAAAAAUGUUUGAAUGUGGUAGCAUGUAUGUGUCUGUCUUUCUCUACUAUAUGUACAUAAAAUGUUAAUUUCAGCUUGAAGUGAACUUAUCCCAUCUUUUUGGCCACAAUAAAUUAUUCGGAUUGAAUUGUAA